UGUGUAUGGAAACUCACAUGAGUCAGCUCAGUCUAGAAGGGUAGUAAUUUCUCAUAAUAUGGAUAAAGCUCUGAAAGAAGUGUUCGACUACAGUUAUAGAGAUUACAUUCUGUCCUGGUAUGGAAACCUCAGCAGAGAUGAGGGACAACUUUACCAUCUGCUCUUGGAAGACUUUUGGGAAAUUGCCAGACAGCUGCACCACAGACUGAGUCACGUGGAUGUGGUUAAAGUUGUCUGCAAUGAUGUUGUGAGGACUUUACUCACUCAUUUCUGUGACCUGAAAGCUGCUAAUGCCAGACAUGAGGAACAGCCAAGACCUUUUGUGUUGCACACAUGCUUGAGGAACUCAGAUGAUGAAGUAAGAUUUCUACAGACGUGUUCUCGGGUUCUGGUGUUUUGUCUCCUCCCCUCAAAGGAUGUGCAGUCUCUCAGCUUACGUAUAAUGCUUGCAGAAAUUCUCACAACAAAAGUCUUGAAGCCAGUAGUGGAGUUACUGAGUAAUCCUGAUUACAUUAACCAGAUGCUGCUUGCCCAGCUGGAGUACAGAGAGCAGAUGAAUGAGCAUCACAAGAGAGCCUACACCUAUGCCCCCUCUUAUGAGGACUUCAUCAAGCUCAUUAACAGCAACUCUGAUGUGGAGUUCUUGAAGCAACUAAGGUAUCAAAUUGUAGUGGAAAUAAUCCAGGCGACUACAAUUAGCAGCUUUCCCCAACUGAAGAGGCACAAAGGUAAAGAAACUGCGGCAAUGAAAGCUGAUCUCCUGAGGGCCAGGAACAUGAAGAGGUACAUCAACCAACUGACUGUGGCAAAGAAGCAGUGUGAGAAGAGAAUCCGAAUCCUGGGAGGCCCUGCCUAUGACCAGCAAGAGGAUGGGGCCCUGGAUGAAGGGGAAGGGCCUCCAAGCCAGAAGAUUCUUCAGUUUGAAGAUAUCUUGGCCAAUACUUUCUACCGAGAGCACUUUGGAAUGUACAUGGAAAGGAUGGACAAGAGAGCUCUGAUUAGUUUUUGGGAAUCUGUGGAACAUUUAAAGAAUGCUAACAAGAAUGAAAUUCCACAAUUAGUUGGUGAAAUUUAUCAGAAUUUCUUUGUGGAGAGCAAAGAAAUAUCUGUGGAAAGAUCACUUUACAAAGAAAUUCAGCAGUGUCUUGUAGGAAAUAAAGGUAUUGAAGUAUUCUACAAAAUCCAGGGAGAUCUUUAUGAGACCCUAAAGGAUAGGUAUUACCCUUCAUUUAUUGUCAGUGACCUGUAUGAGAAAUUGUUGAUAAAAGAGGAAGAAAAACAUGCCCCACAGAUGAUUUCCAACAAGGAUGAGAUGGGCCCAAGAGAUGAGGCUGGUGAGGAAGCCGUGGAUGACAGUACCAGUCAGAUCAAUGAACAAGCCAGUUUUGCUGUAAACAAACUGCGAGAACUAAAUGAGAAACUUGAAUAUAAAAGGCAAGCUCUAAAUUCUAUUCAAAAUGCACCAAAACCUGACAAGAAGAUUGUUUCCAAGUUGAAGGAUGAAAUAAUCCUAAUAGAGAAAGAACGCACAGACCUUCAGCUGCACAUGGCAAGAACGGAUUGGUGGUGUGAAAACCUUGGCAUGUGGAAAGCCUCCAUCACCAGUGGAGAGGUUACAGAAGAGAAUGGUGAACAAUUGCCAUGUUACUUUGUCAUGGUAAGCCUACAAGAAGUUGGAGGGGUUGAAACUAAGAACUGGACGGUCCCCAGAAGGCUCAGCGAGUUUCAGAAUUUACACCGGAAACUCAGCGAGUGCGUCCCUUCUUUAAAAAAAGUCCAGUUGCCUUCUCUUAGCAAGCUGCCUUUCAAAUCUAUAGAUCAAAAGUUUAUGGAAAAGUCGAAGAAUCAAUUAAAUAAGUUUUUACAGAAUCUGCUUUCAGAUGAAAGACUGUGUCAGAGUGAAGCACUUUAUGCCUUCUUGAGCCCUUCUCCUGACUACCUCAAGGUUAUUGACGUGCAGGGGAAAAAAAAUUCUUUUUCAUUAUCCUCAUUUUUGGAGAGACUUCCUCGUGACUUCUUCUCCCACCAGGAGGAGGAGACAGAGGAGGACAGUGACCUGUCAGAUUAUGGUGAUGAUGUGGAUGGGAGGAAAGACGCCUUGGCUGAACCAUGUUUCAUGUUGAUUGGGGAGAUUUUUGAACUUCGAGGAAUGUUUAAAUGGGUGAGAAGAACAUUAAUUGCCCUCGUUCAGGUCACUUUUGGAAGAACCAUCAACAAACAAAUCCGGGACACAGUCAGCUGGAUUUUCAGUGAGCAAAUGUUGGUUUACUACAUCAAUACUUUCCGGGAUGCUUUUUGGCCAAAUGGGAAGUUGGCACCACUGACCACAAUCAGAAGCAAAGAGCAAAGUCAGGAAACAAAACAGAGAGCACAGCAAAAGCUGCUUGAAAACAUUCCAGAUAUGCUUCAGAGCCUUGUUGGACAGCAAAAUGCCCGCCAUGGUAUAAUAAAAAUAUUCAAUGCACUGCAAGAAACAAGAGCCAACAAGCAUCUGUUAUAUGUGCUGAUGGAACUGCUGCUAAUUGAACUGUGUCCUGAGCUGAGAAUUCAUUUAGAUCAACUUAAAGCUGGCCAAGUUUGAGACUGCACAAAUAAACCACCAGAAAAAUGUCUGUGUAAUAAUAGACAUGAAGCAUUUUCCUCUUUUCCACAGAGGGCUUGACUGAGAACCAUACUGAUUUUUAUUUUAGUUACCUCCCUCUAGUUUUAUGUGCAAUUAGUAGAAUCAGGGAGGACGGGACUUAUGCUGUGGUAGGCAACAGAAAAAAACUUCUAUUGAUUUUUAUUUAAUAUGAAUACUUUAAAGAUCAACAUACCGAUUGAAAUACAAAUGUUAAUAUGUGAGAACCUAGGAAGUAUUUUAAAUAUUUAUGAAAAUAUUUUGUUUUAAAAUGAACUAUGAAUAUUGUACAGUUAAUUUCCUCACUGAGGACUGUGAAGAUUCUUAUAUUAUUUCAUGUAUAUUGAAGAACAUUGUUAGGCAAUGCUUUGUGUAAGGUUAUUGUGAAGAUUUUAUUGUCUUUAUUUUUACCAAAGAUUUCCCAUAGUUUGAGCAUUCGAAGCAAUAAAAUAUAAAAAUGAAUCACA